UCCGAUUUCCAGCCGCUACCGUGCUGCUGGUGGCGCGGUGUGUGCGCGCGCACACUCGUGUGUAUGUCAGCGCGCGCGCACGAUCUCCCCCUCCCUCUCCCACCCGCUCUCCAGCCGUCAGUCGUUCGUACGCGUCCGUCGUGUCGCGAAAUGCAAGCGCGACAGGAUAAACGGACGCCGCGAAAGAGAGAGAACCGGGAAAGGGGGAAGACGGGACGGGAAGGGGGAGGAGAAAGAAAAAGAGAGGGAGAGAGGAAAAGAGAGAAAACGGUGAUAGAAAAGUGCGUGAGACGGGAGCUCGAGAUCGAGUUACUGCCAGACGUCGACAGUACCGCGGUCGCCGUUCGACUAUCGCGCCUAAAACGUAAAGAACUCAUUCGAGGGGAACACAGCUCGCACGCUCGGUUCGACGCGCCGCGCCCCCUUUCACUCAACCUUCCGACCCUUAUCGCGCACCCCCGGAGCCGGCGGUGCGUUUCCUCCGCUCGGCGACCACCGAAUUUCCGUUCACGCUGCUCGCUCCUCUCGUGUCGUCCUUACUUUUCCUUUUAAUUCUUUGUAUAAUCCUGUCUGUAAAUCAUUUCUGGCAUUUCUUCCGUGAGAUAUGAAAAAUCCUCACAUCCUGCGAAAGUUUACGGGACGCCUUAGACGAUGUCUUUGGACGAUUUUUUAGGCGCCUUAUAAAGCAACAUCUGUCAAGUGCCAGAAUUGUUUAUGAAGUUUGUCGUGUUACACCGCCCAAGGCGAAAAGUUGUGAGCAUAUUUUAUUUUGCUUCGACAGUUCACUCAGAGUCGAUCGUUCCAACUUUUUGGUAAAAUUUAUCCGACAGGUAUCCAUUAGGUAAACAUCAAUGAUUGUUGUAGAUUGGUCUGUUCAACUGUUGGGUCAAAUCUUACCAAUAAGUUAAAACAAUCGGCCUCCAGUCCCUUUUAAUUUAUACAUUUCCCCUAGAACGGGAAUGUGAAAAUUUCAAAUAUUUUCAAAUUAGGAAAAAUUCUUUUCAUAAAUUCACGCUAGGAGAGAAGAUUCAAAAGCUUUUCAUAUGCCGCAAAUUAACUGUUCUUGGAAUUGUUUAUGGAAUUUGUCGGGUUUACGCGACAAAUAUUUAACAUGCGAAAAUGCGGUAUAAUUUAUAAUUAUAUAUAAUUCUAAUUUUUCAGUCUUAAUUUUCUUGUAUUAAAGGGUGUGUAACUAAUAUAUUACUUUAUUAUUUAUUUGUAUGCCUACACCUCGUAUAUGUAAUUUGACAGCUGUCAGAUCACUUAUUGCGCAUGAUUGUCAAUUCAUUGGUUCGCUCCAUCAUUUUUCCGAAAUUUUUCCGAAAUGUGGGAAACAAAAACUGUUGCAACCGUUCUGCGAGUGUACGACAUUCGUUAACAAAUAAGUAAGAAGUUUAAAGUUUUCCCUUUAAAACGUCUAUAUCACAUUUUCAAAUCAAAUAAUUUUUCGCUCUGAAAACUCAACGGAAGGACAAAAUUUGAAAUCGAGCGGUCGCCAUUCUUCGUUUAACACAAAAUAUUUUGACAAAAAUUAACGACAACAUUAAUAUGGAUAAUGUGGUUAAACACUAAAAACUUCAAGCUUUAAAGUGCUUUUUGAACGAUCUCAAAGGCAUCAUUAUUGCGAAAGUUACAGCCUGUUGAAUUUCGCUUACGUUUUAUUACAAUGGAAAGUACCUCUGACCAGCCCUUGAGUCAUACUACUUGAGAAAUGGAAAGCAUGGCCGGCUCCAUCGUUUAGUCAUAUCACGUCUUCAGUUUCUCGUUAAGUAUAGUGGCGACUCGUAGCGGAGACUCUGGAACUAAAUUUCAGAAAUAACGGGUUUACGGAAUUACGCUACGAGUCGCUACUAUACUUAACGAGAAACUGAAGUCGUGAUAUGACUAAACGAUGGAGCCGACCAUACUUUCCAUUUCUCAAGUAGUAUGACUGUGUUUAUAACAAAAUUUUUACUCAGACUACUAAUAAGUUGACUUCUUAACGCGUUAACAUCCUUGUAAUCGCGUUUAGAAUACAGUUGUAUUCUAUGAUUAUGCCUAUAAUCUUGAGUGUUAAAUUAAAAAGUCCAGUUUAUGAUUGAAGAUAAACCGUUCUAUUAAAAAAAGUAAACCAAUGAUAAUUUAGAUAAAGAUUUAGGGUAUAAAACAUUGUUUUAAAAAUAUAAGCCUGCCAUUCUAUUGAAGUCCUAAGAAAAAUGAAGAAUAUAGGAGUAUAAAAACGUUUUGGUUCUGCAAUAAAACUGAAAACACCAUUGUCGAGUUGUGACAAAAAGUGAAACCUUGCAAUGGGUAAGUGCUACAUAUGCUGGAAAGAUCAUUCUCCUCGAAAUUCACGGCAAUUUCACAGUUUUCCACAAGAUGCAGAAAAGCGAGAAAAAUGGUUUAAUAGCAUUGGUUAUGUUAUCAAUGCUUCCAAACAUGCAAGAAUUUGCAGUGAUCAUUUUACAGAAAAUGAUUAUUAUUAUUCCAGCACUGGAAGAAGGAGAUUAAAGAAAACUGCAAUGCCAUCUGUUUUUCCAGCAAGUUUUUGUAACAUAGAAGAAGACUCAACAGCUAACACUAAAAAUGAUAAUCAGAAUGAAUCAGUGAUAGAUAUUAAACAUGAACAUACAAUGGAUAUUCAACAUCAAUCUAUAAAGGAUAUUCAACAAUCAACAUUUGACACUCGACAUGACAGUAUUGAUUCUGCUGAAGCAACACUUGUCAAGAAAAAUGACACUAGUAAAAACAGAAAACAAUGUUCCAAAAAUGAUACAGAAAAGGUUUUCGUAAGGACUGGGGAAUACAAUAUAGAAUGUAUGAAAAGAACGGAUUUCGUUACUGAUCAAAGUUGGAUGAAGUUUUUAAAAUAUGUUAAUUAUAAUAGAUAUUUGCACAAACUUUCUAGGAUACAAGAUUCACGCAUACAAAAGAAAAUUGUAACAAUGCAAUCUAUAAUACAAAAGUUAGAAAGCAAGAACGAAAAAUAAGAAGUAACAAAUGAUGUUGUAAAUUUUGUAAAAAUAAGUAAUUUAUAAUACUAAUGUAAGCCUGCUAACUAAGAUUUUUAUGUAAUUGUAAAUUAAGACAAUAUGUAAAUUGUUUCAAAAUUAUACUGAACACACAAAUGCAUGAAAAUCCACAA